CACACACACACACACACACACAAAGAUCCCUGCAGACUGCACUGUUUAUUCUCAUCAGUGUUUAAACUGUCACAUCACAUAUACAUCAACGCAAGGCUUUCAGUAUUUUGGAAAUGUAAGACGAAGAUUUGAUAAACAACAUGUCACACAAAUUAAAGUUUGGAUACGUAAUUCAUGUGUUCAUAACACACACACACACACACACAAAGAUAAAGCACAGUGUGUUUGUUUAAUAAAUGAAUUAACCCUAAGAGUUAACAAUAUUAAGACUUAACGCAAUGUAAUUGCUGUAGCGCCGCACUGUGGAUGCUAACGUGCGUCGUUGCUAUGACAACAGCAAAACGUCACGACGCGUGUGUAGCUAGCAACAAAUAAAGAGUUGAAGGAAAACCCCAAGGCUGUUUCGGUGUUUUCUCUCGGUUAUAAGCCGAUAAAUCGCAGAUGGAUCUCUUGAGUUUUCCUGUGCUGAGAAUAGAAGAGCCUCAACCAAAGCUGAACUUAGAAAACCGAAGAAAAAACAUCUUUGUAACGCAGUUAGAGGAACUCAGAGAAAUAAAGAAUGAGCACAUUAAACACAUCCCCGUGAUAACAGAGUGUUCUAGUGAAAUACUGGAGACGGGCGUCAACACACUCCAGACAACACUUGUACUGAAGAAACAGGUGGAGGUGCAUGAAGUUCACAGGAAACUUCUUCACAAACGUCAGGAGUUUAAAGGUUGCAUGCAGAUUCUGCAGCAGAGAAGAGAAGAUUUACAGCAGAAACAGCUGGAGGCAAAACAAAGGGCAGCAAAAUUUGAGAAAUUUGUUGAAGAAAAUGAGGUGAAACGUCGCCGUGCCUUGAAAAGAUUUCUGCUAGAGAAACGACAGAAUGAAUCUAAAGAAAAGGAGAAAGCUGAGCUUUCUAGACAGCUCGAAGAAUUACAAGCAAGGCGACUUUAUUUAAAAGAGCGAGUGAAAAAAUAUAAGAUUUUUGAAGAGUUUCUAUUGAAGGUUCUUCAGUUACUUCCAGACAAUUAUCUCGGCUAUGGUGCUGAUUUGGUGACGCCAAUAAUCAGGCGCUACGAGACGCUGUCCACCUCACGCCAGGAUCUUCUGCAGCAGUUAAACAGUCUGACAGAUGAGCUAAAAACAAGCCAGCACAAGCUGGACACGCUCAAACAGGAUCACGGCACAUACAAACUAAUGACUAACCAGAAAUUAACAGAACUGCAGACACAGUUGGAUCAAAUAAAAGAGAAGAAGAAACAGCAACAGUUCAGGCUUCAGAUGAGUUUGGGUGAAUCCAGAGAUCAGGUGGAGGAGGUGGGGAAUAUUUUGAUGGCAGUGAGAAACCUUGGAGAGCAGUGUUACCUAAAUCACUAUGGACCUCUAGAAGGCAUGGACAUCUUCACUAUGAUGGAUAUGAUAAAGGAAUUUAUCGUGGAGAAAGCAGACCUGGAGAAAAGAGCCACGAGACUCGCAGAUACAAACCAAGUGACAGCGCAAAAAAAAACUUCCAGUAAAAUCCAUCUGAAGAGCUCCAGUAAGACCAGCAGCAGCAGAACCGGACUUCAGCAGUGACCUGCAUGUUUUCAGAGAAAGUGAGGCUGUCAUUGCCUCGAGUGGAAAACCACAGAUUUCUAAUAAACAACUGGAUUUAAUGUUGAA